AAAAAAAAUUUCCUCAAGAAUGGAUUCAUUCGUUAGUUCAUCCAUCACUCUUUCAUUCAUCUGUUUAUCAGAGCAGCAAGGGCUGGGAAACGUUCUAAAAAGAAGGGUUUUACUUUUAUUCUGUGUUUUUGUUUCUGCAGUUCCUAACAUAGAACCUGUCAGGUAGCAAAAGCUUGAUAUUUAUUUAAUAAAUACAUGUCUGGAUGAACGAAUUGGCCCUGCCAUUUUCCCUGACUGGUCUGCUUCCCCAGGACAGACCCACUCUGUCUCCUGUCCAGCCCCUGUCAUUCCAGUGCCUUAAAGCCCCAGCCCCACUCACCUAAGAGGAUGAGAAGGAACAGAGCAGGGGUCAGCCACAUGGUCCGUCUCCUCUCCUGAGUGAUAACAAGUGCCCAAUGCCCUUCAAGGACUUGAAGCCAAGCUCAGAAGUGAAUGCCCUGAACCUGCUUGAAUCCAUUUGAGUUUCUCUCUCACUCACUUCCUGCUGUGUCUGCAGCUACUUCUGUUUUUACAUAUUAGGAGAAAAGUGGUGUCCUUUGAGAAGACUGAGAGUGUGUUGCAAGCUGUGUUGAAACUUUUGUGCGUGCGGGAACGGAAAAGGAUCCAGGCCUGGUCAGGUUUGCGGGCAAGUGCAUAUGAGCUGA